GUCAUCUUACACGAAGAGCCUUAAAGUCCUCUUGAACUCAAAAACCUGUUCAGACAGAGUCAAGAGUCCUACCAACUGAGCCAAGCUAACACCUACAAAAGAAAGCUCUGGAUGUUGUGCUAGCUUUUACGUUGUUGGAUAGGUACAAUCUGGGGACCACACAGCUAGAGAUCUUGACCUGUGAAUGACGUGAAAUGGCUUAUUGGAAAACAUUGUUGUUUUUUCUUUAGAAAAAGAAAAUUCUGAAAAGCCCAAACGAAAAGAGAAAAAGAAGAAGAAAAAGAAGAGGGAAAGAAUAAGCAAGAAACUGAUCGAAUUUGGGAAGAAAGUAAAGAACUUCCUCAUUAGUAUUGCUAUGAGCAUUUACACGCCACUGAAGAGCUUUUUCUCCAGCAUUCUUCACACCAAAUACCGUGCAGCCACCGAUGUCUACGCACUCAUGUUUUUGGCAGAUGUGGUUGAUUUUGUUAUCAUCAUCUUUGGCUUUUGGGCAUUUGGAAAACAUUCGGCAGCGGCAGACAUUGCAUCAUCGCUGUCUGAUGACCAGGUCCCUGAGGGCUUCCUGGUGAUGGUGCUGAUUCAGUUCUCCACUAUGGUGAUCGACCGCGCGUUAUACCUUCGUAAAACUGUGCUGGGGAAGCUCAUUUUCCAGGUCCUCCUUGUCUUUGGAAUCCAUGUCUGGAUGUUCUUCAUAUUGCCUGCAGUCUCGGAGCGAAUGUUUAGUCACAAUAUAGUGGUACAGCUUUGGUAUUUCGUAAAAUGCAUCUACUUUGCUCUGUCUGCGUACCAGAUCCGCUGUGGCUAUCCGACGCGCAUCCUGGGCAAUUUCCUUACAAAAAAGUACAAUCACCUGAACCUCUUCCUCUUUCAGGGCUUCCGUCUUGUGCCAUUUUUGGUGGAGCUUCGUGCUGUGAUGGACUGGGUUUGGACAGACACCACAUUAUCCCUCUCAAGCUGGAUGAGUGUUGAGGACAUCUACGCCAACAUCUUCAUCAUCAAGUGCAGCCGUGAGACUGAAAAGCGAUAUCCACAGCCUAAAGGUAAGAAGAAAAAGAAGAUUGUGAAGUACGGAAUGGGAGGCCUCAUCAUCGCUUUCCUCAUCUGUGUUAUCUGGUUUCCGCUUCUCUUCAUGUCGCUGGUCAAGUCCGUGGUGGGAGUGGUGAAUCAUCCGAUCGAUGUGACUGUAACUGUCAAACUUGGAGGUUACGAGCCUCUAUUUACAAUGAGUGCGCAACAACAGUCUCUAAAACCAUUCACCCAAAAGGAUUAUGAAGAUCUCUGUUCAACAUUUGAACGAAAACCAGCUGCUAUGCAGUUUAUCACACUGUACAGUUAUGAAGAUAUCAUUACUGCACACGUAGAGGGGAACUCAGGGUCUCUCUGGAAUAUCAGCCCACCCAGUCGUAAGGCAAUGAUUGAUGAACUGGAGAGCAAUUCAGUGAUGACUCUUCGCUACAUGUGGAAUUUCCAGAGAGACCUGACUCUGGGUGGAACAGUGGAGCACUCAUCAGAUAAGCACAUCAUUAACCUGAGCCCCGAAGACCCUGUCCGGGAACAGCUAGCCAAUCUUCUUCAAGGGAAUCGCAAAGAGCCUGUAGUAAUAUCACAUAUGAUCCCAAAAUACACUCGAGCUCCACAUGGGCCAGAAGCGAAACCUGUUCACCAGAUUAAUGAAGAAAAUGCCUACCUAAAUGUGACGAUGGAGCUGCAUAGGUACAUCCAAUUGGAUGCGAAUAAAACGGACUCAAUCUUGGAAUGGUGGGUGAUUAAGACCAAAUCGAAAGAAUGCAAACAACAUGCGUGCAACGAACUGCAGAUGGUAAUUUUUAGUGACAAGGUCAGCCCACCAAGUCUCGGUCUCCUUGCUGGAUAUGGAAUAAUGGGCCUAUAUGUCUCAAUUGUGCUGGUGGUUGGAAAGUUUGUCCGUGAAUUCUUCAGCGAUAUCUCGCAUUCUAUCAUGUUUGAGGAAUUGCCUUGCGUGGAUCGGGUGCUGAAACUGUGCCAUGAUAUCUUCCUGGUGCGGGAGAAUGGAGAGUUUGAGCUGGAAGAAGAGCUCUUUGCCAAACUCAUCUUCUUGUACCGCUCACCUGAAACAAUGAUCAAAUGGACAAGAGAGGACUAACAGCGGUGUGACUCUUUUCUUAAUCAGUCAUUCUGGUCCCUCUUUGCCUCUGCGUAUGUCUCUCUCUUACUCUCUCGGCUGAGCCGAGUUGAACAUGCACAUUGGGCCCUGGUGGAAGAGUUACCUCAGAUUCUGAAAUUAUGAAACCUGAUUCACGUCCUUCCAAUUCUUGCUG